AUGGUUCAUUUCCACAAAGAUGAGAUUGGUAGGAGACUGUUAGCUUCAGUCGUGGAUGAGAAGGCAAGAAAACAUCCACAUCAGAAAUUCUGUAUUCUCCCCAAUGGUGAAAGCCCUCGGGAGGGAUUUUACGAUGCCACCUUUGAAGAUAUCGCCAGAGCGGCGGACCAGAUGUCGUGGUGGAUAGCGAAGAGGCUAGGCCCCGGGGAUCGGGAUGACCAGACACUAGCCUAUCUGGGCACAAAUGACAUCCAAUACGGUAUUGUUUUUCUCGCCUGCAAUAAAACUGGUUACAGGCUUUUUCUUCCCUCGCCAAGGAGUUCCGCCGAGGCAUUCCUGCAUCUGUUGAAAGAAACGAAUACCAAAGCAGUGCUGCACUGCCCGGGUUUCAAAGAACAUAUCCCAGGAGGUGCCAGGCUUGAUACAAUGAUGGAGCUGGUGGAAAUACCCUGUUUGAAUGACUUAUGGAGGAAGCAAACGUCCUCCUAUCCCUACGUCAGAUCAUUCCGUGAAGAACAGGAUCGUAUUGCCUUGAUUAUGCACACAUCUGGAACAACAGGUCUUCCCAAGCCUAUAUUUCUGACUUACGGGUACUUUGCCACGUUUGAAAAUGUCAGUAAUUUUCCUCUUCCAAAAGGUCGGCGUCCAUCGAUGCCUUGCAAUCCUUUGCUUGAGGGAGGCGCAGUUUUAACGGCUUUCCCAUUUUUCCAUAUAGUCGGCUUUUUCUUUUUCGCUCAAGCUGUAUUCACUGGAUUGCCGUUUGCUUCACCCCCAAGUAAGCCAUUAUCAGGAGACCUUGUUGUCGAUACGCUACGGGAACUGCGCGUUGUCUCGGCUGCCCUUCCCCCAUCCUUGAUUGAGAACAUCUGCAGUUCAGAUUUUGGCCUGGAAACUCUAACCCAGUUGGAUAACCUUUACUUUGGUGGUGCGCCUCUAUCUCCCGAAAUAGGUGAAAUGCUUCGAGGGAGAGUCAAGCUCAACUCGAUCAUUGGGUCUACGGAGAUGGGCGUUUUAUUAUCAAUGCGGCCCCUGGAUGAAGCCGAUUGGUCAUACUUUGAAUGGGCACCGAAUUUUAACAUCCAUAUGGAUCCGGUCUCAGACAACUUCUACGAGCUUGUUCUUCGGCGAGGCGACAAUCGCAAGGUAAAUGGGAUAUUUCACUCAUUUCCGAGCCUGCUCGAGUACCGGUCCAAAGACCUGUACACCCGACACCCCACCAAGAACCAUUUAUGGAAGUACAGUGGCCGCUCAGACGACAUCAUCGUUCUCAGUAAUGGCGAAAAAUUCAACCCAAUUGACAUGGAGAAGAUAAUAGAGGCCCACCCACUUGUUUCGAGGGCACUUAUUGUCGGUCAAGGUCGAUUCCACUCUGCUCUGUUGGUUGAACCAAAUUGGGAGUUGUGGCACUCACGGAAGUUCCCGUCUGAUUCCGUCUUUUUGGAUGAAAUCUGGCCAAAGAUCAGAGAGGCCAAUGCUGGAGCCCCAGCCUAUGGACGCGUCUCGCGAAGCAAGAUUGCGUUGGCGGAUGAGAAUAAGCCCUUCAAAACCACGCCCAAAGGGACCACCCAACGCCGACUAGUUCAGCAGGACUAUGAAGAUCUAAUUAAGGCCUUAUACAGAAACGAUCACAAGAAGGACUUGGAAUGUCCUGACGAGGGAUCUUUGGCCAACAUCUUAACCUUCAUUCGUCAGGCUGUUUACAAUCAACUGGAAGACAGGAACGUCCACAAUGCCCACGACUUGUAUGAGGCUGGGUUUGACUCUUUACAAACCGUAUUUCUUGCGAACACGUUGAGCAGCGCGAUAAAUUCAAAACAUCCAGACUGGAACCUAUCCAUAAACAUACAAGAUGUUUACACUCACCCGACCAUUGCUAGCCUAUCCCAAUACGUUACAGACCGGCUGCAGGGUAACAAGACUGACACAAAAGCAUUACGGUAUGAAAGGAUCAACCACAUGAUCCAAAAAUACCGUGACAGUCUUCGUCCUGAGAGGCCGUUUACAAUGUGGAGGAAGCGGGGGAAUCAGCAUGUCGUCCUGCUCACAGGCUCCACCGGGUCUCUGGGAAGCUAUGUUCUGAAUCAGUUGCUCAAUGACCACACGAUCGUCAAGAUCUACUGCCUUAAUAGGUCAGCUGACGCCGAGACUCGGCAAAGACAGGUUCAUGAAGAGAGAGGCCUGAGCUUAUGGCAAAUUGGUGGCGAGCGAGUGGAAUUUAUCAAGGCUGUGUUUGGAGACGACAAGCUCGGUCUGUCGGAAUCGAAAUACAACACCCUUCUCGCCACAGUUGACAUAACGAUUCAUAAUGCUUGGAAACUCGAUUUCAAUCGAAGAGUGGAGUCUUUCGAAUCUUUGAUCAAGAGUGUUCGGGACCUACUUGCGUUCAGCCUGCGUGGUGAAUGGUGCCCACAUCUUUUCUUUGUUUCUUCUAUCAGUACCAUAUAUGGGUGGGAUCCAACAAUGGGGCGUCCAUCAGCACCAGAAGAUUUAAUUGAGAAUCCUGAUGCCGUUCUGGAGCAGGGAUAUGCCGAGUCUAAGCACAUCGCAGAACGGCUUUGCUACGAAGCGUCGAAGACAGCGGGCGUGCCAACGACAAUUCUACGAGUGGGUCAAAUUGGCGGACCGACAAGGGCUGAGGGGAUAUGGAAUCGAAAUGAAUGGUUCCCAAGUCUCAUCGCAACAUCAGCCAGAAUUGGAAAGAUACCGGCGAGUCUCAGUGCGAACGAGAUAGACUGGAUUCCUGUGGAUUUACUUGCAGAGGUCCUUAUGGACAUCAUACACAGUCGCCUUGGUACACAUAGCAGCUCAGCCUCGGCCGCUUGUUUCCAUAUCGUUAAUCCCAAAAAAACGUCCUGGAAGUCGCUCUUACCUUUUGUUCAAUCCAAACUCAAUGUCGCCCCGGUUGCCGCCUCUGAGUGGAUUUCUAAUCUCGAGAAUGUUAUUGACCCAACAGAGGAAGACCUUCUACAAAUGCCUGCACUUAAGUUAUUGGACUUUUAUCGAGGGCUAAUUUUAUCUGAUUCACCACUUGCCGAUGUUGAAGUGGGUAACACGACCGAGAUAAGUCCAACUUUGGCUAGUAUGCAGCCAAUAUCAGAGCAAAUGAUCAAGAAUUGGCUGUGGCAAUGGGGCUUGGGGAAAGAUAGCUAG